AUGGCUUCAAAACUUGCGCCCUGGCUAUCGCGUCCUGGGUUCCGCGCAGCACGAGUCGUGCCACGGCAACAAAGGAGGACCUUCCAGCGAUCCGCCGCGAUACGGAGUGACACUCUCAAUGUGCACCGCGAUACACCCGACAAUAACCCCUCUAUACCCUUCAAGUUCAACACCCAGAAUGAGGCUCUCAUUGAGGAAGUGCUCAGCCGGUACCCCAGCCAAUACAAGAAGGCGGCGGUCAUGCCAUUGCUUGAUCUAGGACAGCGACAACAUGGUUUUACAAGCAUCAGCGUCAUGAACGAAGUCGCACGGUUACUGGAGAUGCCACCGAUGCGAGUCUACGAGGUUGCCACUUUCUACACCAUGUACAACAGGAAUCCUGUGGGCAGGUUUCAUGUGCAGUGCUGCACAACGGCAGGUCCAUGCCAACCGAAUACUCCUUGCCAGCUGAGAGGAAGUGACGGAGUCAUGAAAGCUAUUGAGGAAGAGAUAGGCAUUCACCACGGCGAGACAACAGAAGACAAGAUGUUCACCUUCACCGAAGUCGAGUGUCUUGGCGCCUGCGCAAAUGCGCCCAUGGUACAAAUCAACGACGAUUUCUACGAGGACCUGACACCCGAGACGACCAAAUCCUUACUUCGCGCGUUGAAGGAAGCCGCAGAGAAGACUGGUGCAGGUGGCUGGGCAGCAGGGCUACCAGGCUCUUCAGGCCAAGAUGAAGUCUCUAGUGAGGGUGCUGGAUCGGGUAGGCAGGUGAAGCAGGGAGGACGGGGGUACGCAGCACAGGGUGCGAGCAUUCCGGCUCCUGGUCCGCUAAGCCAGCGUGUGUCGUGCGAACCGAUGUCAGGACCGACAAGCUUGCGAGAAGAACCACCGACGGGCGAGUCGAUGCUGCGCAAGGACGGCCAACUUUAG